UAUAGUGAAUGCAGGGUCCGGGGAGAGCAGAUAUAGUGAAUGCAGGGUUCGGGGAGACCAGAUAUAGUGAAUGCAGGGUCCGGGGAGAGCGGAUAUAGUGAAUGCAGGGUCUGGGGAGACCAGAUAUAGUGAAUGCAGGGGUCCGGGGAGAGCAGAUAUAGUGAAUGCAGGGUCCGGGGAGACCAGAUAUAGUGAAUGCAGGGUCCGGGGAGAGUGGAUAUAGUGAAUGCAGGGUACGGGGAGAGCGGAUAUAGUGAAUGCAGGGUCCGGGGAGACCAGAUAUAGUGAAUGCGGGGUCCGG